GAUGCACGGGUGCAUUUAAAAGUGCAAAACGUUGCUGUCGAAUUGAUUGGAUUACCAUCAUUUCUGCCACAUCAGGGACUUGGGUUGUAAAAUGGAUUUGAGGAUUAUUUUCCCAGUGUUAUCAAUGCUGUCUUCUGGAUUUUUUGACUUGGUGACCCCAGCAUCUUUGAGUCAAGGGGCAACAUCAGGCACAUCAAUCUCUGUGCAUCACUCCAGGACUAAGCGAUGCUCCUGCGCAAGUUUUCUGGAUAAAGAGUGUGUCUACUUUUGCCACCUGGACAUAAUAUGGGUCAACACACCAGAGCGAAUCGUGACAUAUGGACUUGGAAACGCUCCACGCAAGAAGCGUUCAGUCACAGAACCUGUUGUGCCCAAACCACGCUGCAAAUGUGCAGAUAGCCAAGACAAAACAUGCUCUUCGUUCUGUCUACCAAACAAUGCGUUACGGUAUAAGACUGCGUCAGACAGGGCGAUCCCUGCCGCCCCGGGCCAAAAUUGUGCCGAGAAGCAAUGCAAACACAACCUGGCAGCCCAUCAGAGGACGAUUAGAAGGGUGAAAAACAGACAGCAGAGCAGCGAUGCCCCCUCCAGACUGAAGACUGCCAUGAAGAUUCAUCUUCUCCUGGAGAAAUGGCGGGUGAGGCAGCACCACAGGGCCCGAGCAUGAGCGGCCGAAAACGCUUCCUCCUAGAGACCGACAUCAGAUUUUGCACUUAGUUGAUCCACUUUAUGCAAAAGGAUUUAACUGAACAAGAACCAAGAACUGCUCUGCACAUCAUGUGGUAUAUUGGAAUACCUGAAAAUGCAUUCAUCUUAGAUUCGGGUGUUUGCCAUGUGGUCUCCAUCCCAGGGGCGUCAGUGCCAGGGCACCAGUGAGGGUGUGCAUCUCAAUGGGAACCAUGGAGGAUGAAUCAGACCUCUGUAGGAGACCGUCUGAACCAAAUCAAACCUCAAAGUGUCUACUAAACUCUGUCAACUGGUCUAAUGUAGAACUAGAACUCUUAAGCGCUAGUAAGGGAUAACUCUUAGGGAUGAUUAACCCUAGAAACCACUGGAAGACACUGGGAGGACUAUGCUGUAAUUCAACAAAACAAACAGAGCUAUGGAAUCAGACACAUGCAGACCACAGAAACCAAAGGCAAAAACACGAACAUUCAAACACUACAAGCGAUAGACACUGGUGAAAGAACAUUUCUGGUGCAAUACUGAAUCUAGUAGUUCUUAUCUGUAAUGUUACUGAUUUACUUUAUACAAAAGUAUAAAGCUCUGAAAUUGUCUCUGUGCAUAUAUUGUUCAUACAUGUUAAAUAUGUACCUUUAAAUGAGCCAUAUUGGCUAAAUAGAUCAUUAACAAUAUUUCUAUGAAAUUAUAAAAGUUUACUGCCAUUAUUGUGGUAUGGAUUGUAAGGUAAUA